GGUUUUUCCCCCAAUCUGGAAUUGGGUUAUGGUGUGAAUGUGAUAGAGGUGAAUCCUUGAGAUUUUUCGUUCUGGGUUUCAAGGGGUUUAGUGAAAUGGAUGCUGUACUUUUGCCAUUUCUGUUUGCAUGCAACAAAUUGUUCUAAUUGUUAAGCUAAGUGUGAACACUGGAUGGUCCUGUCCCUGCAGUAAUUCUAUUUUAGGACUGGCUUUGGGGUUGAUAUAGCUUUUGGUCAAGGAAUUUGAGUUUUGGACACUCCUUAAAUGACCUCAUAAGGUAGCACUUGUUGGAUGGGGAUUCAGAUGAUGGGAUCUCAAGGUGACAAUAAUAAUAAUAAUAAUGGCAAACAAUCCCACUUCCAGCCAUUGGCACGGCAAAAUUCAAUGUACAGUCUUACUCUAGAUGAGGUUCAAAAUCAGUUGGGUGACUUGGGGAAGCCUUUAAGCAGUAUGAACCUUGAUGAGCUUCUCAAGAAUGUUUGGACAGCUGAGGCCAAUCAAUCUAUGGGUGUGGAAACUGAGGGACCAGAAUUGGCCAAUCAAACUGUUCUACAACGUCAGGCAAGCCUUUCAAUAACUGGUGCUUUGAGCAAGAAGACAGUGGAUGAGGUUUGGAGAGAUAUUCAACAAAGCAAAAGUGACGGGAAAAAACAGUAUCGGGAAAGACAGCCUACUCUUGGAGAGAUGACUUUGGAGGAUUUUUUGGUAAAAGCAGGGGUUGUUGCCGAAGCAUCUGCAGAUAAACAAUCUGGUGGUUCUGUUGCUGGGGCAGAUCCUAGUGUUGCACCUCAGUUUCCACAACAAGGUCAAUGGAUGCAGUACCAACAUCUGCAAUAUCAGCAUCCACAACAGAGCAUGAUGGGAGUUUAUUUGCCAGCUCAGCCUAUGCCACAGGCAUUACCUAUGGUGGCUGCAACUCCUGCUGUAAUGGAUGUCUCAUACCCAGAGAACCAGGUUGCAAUACCUCCACCUUUAAUGGGAACAUUGCCUGAUGCACAAACAUCUGGAAGGAAAAGAGGUGCCCCAGAGGACCUGAUUGAGAAGAACGUUGAAAGGAGGCAGAAGAGGAUGAUAAAAAAUAGAGAAUCUGCAGCUCGUUCACGAGCUAGGAAGCAGGCUUAUACUAAUGAAUUGGAGAACAAAGUGUCUCGUCUUGAAGAGGAAAAUGAAAGGCUUCGGAAACGAAAGGAGCUGGAGAUGAUGCUCCCAAGUGCCCCACCACUUGAGCCAAAAUAUCAGCUUCGUAGAACAUCAUCAGCCCCAUUCUAACAACCGCUAGCGCCAAAGUUUUGCAGAUACGAUCAACUUCCAACUCCUGUUUAAUAUUUUACUACUUUUCAGCAAGAAAGUCAAGCAAGCUGCAAGCCUCACGAUCUAAGAUCUUGCAGAAGAGCUGUCUUUUUUUUUUUUUUUUUUGGGUAGUCAGAAGAGCUGUCUUUUGCUUGCACCAGUGAUGGUUGUUUCUUCGUAUUGUGAGGUUUUUUGUUGUUUCUGUAUUUUCUGUGAAUUAUAUGCUUUAGAAAUUUUCAUCGUACCUUCUUAUUUUCUAGCCACUUGAGUGAUAAGAUAGUAAAAGUUUGUCCCCUUUUAUGUAGAUUUUGCCUCUUCUUUUUCCCUUUUUUUUUUUAUUUUCCUGAACAGAUUUUCUCUCAUGA